AAGACAAGACUGAGUGUGUGGGAAGGACAAGGGGAUAGAAGGCAGUGCAAGAGGAGGAGAGAUUGGGGGUGCAGGAGGAGGGUCUCUGCCAGCUUCACAGUCCUGGACAAGAAACAGAUGACAAGAGACAAAAGACUUGGAGAAUCUCACGGAUGUUGGACUCAAUCUGUCACCAGGGGAUAGAGGAGGACACCGGUUGUGGCACAGAGGGAUGUAUUACAAGUCAUAGGCAUAUACCAAGUGCUGGUCCCUCCCACUGUACACUAACCACUGCAAGCCCAGCAUCACCUCACAUCACACUACUAACAAAGCACACAUGUAUAUAUAGCAGCUCACAAAGGAGAAUAAACAUCCCACACACACUCAAGUACAUGUUCCAUCACACACUGACACACUGCUGCCAUCACCUUCUGCACACCCACACACUGCCCUCACACUCCACAGCUCUGGGACCACUACUAUAGCAUGCCAACACAACUAACCCAAUGACAAAGCGACCUAUCUGCAUUCUCAGGAUGUGGCUUCUGCUGGCUCUCUUCUCCUGUGGUCUGCAAGACGUGGCCCCUCUGCUUUCAGAUCUCCCUCUCAGCUUCUCUCUGGAUUCAGACAUUGUACAUCCUGUCCGGGUGGAUGAACAUGGCUCUUUCCUGACUUUUGAUCUAAUUCCUCGCAACCUGCAGAAGAGAGGUGUUUCUUCCAGCACUUCUCCUUCUUUAUACUACGAGAUCAGAUACCAGGGAGUGGAGCUGACCUUCAACCUUAGCCAGAACCACGAACUGCUUGCCCCUGGCUAUGUGAGUGAAUGGCGCAGUGGAGGCCUCCGAGAGGCAGAAAUUAUCAGCCGACCAUCCAGCUCAUGCCACAUGCAGGGGGAGGUGCAGACUCACCAUCAGCGUGUUGGCAAUGCAGCUAUUAGUAUCUGCGGUGGACUGAGAGGUGUCUUUCAGAUGGAGCAAAUGGAUUAUCUGAUAGAACCAGUGACAUCAUCAGCGCUGAUAUUAGGUGAAGCAAUGCCUCAUCGGAUCUACAAGCGACAUUUGGCUGAUGAUCAGGAGUCAGGGUACAGGAGCUGCGGUGUGAGGGAGCAUCCAGACUCCCAGGAUAAAUGGGAGAGGAGGAGGGAGCGCUGGGAAGAAACACAGAAGAGGCAUCGCAGGGAACGCCUUAUAUCUAGACGUUCCAUAAGCAAGGAAAAAUGGGUAGAGGCUCUGGUUGUGGCUGACUCCAAAAUGGUGGAAUAUCACGGAAAAAACAAUGUGGAAAACUAUGUGCUGACUGUCAUGAAUAUGGUAGCUGGACUCUUCCGUGAUGCGAGUAUUGGGAACAGGAUAAACAUUGUUAUCGUACGUCUGAUCCUGCUAGAGAGUGAAGAGGAGGAGCUGAAGAUUUCCCAUCAUGCCGACAACUCUCUGCGUAGCUUCUGUAAGUGGCAGAAAGGCUUGAACAUGAAGAGUGAAGACCACCCUUUACACCAUGAUAUUGCUGUUCUUCUCACCAGAAGAGACCUCUGUGCCUCUAUGAAUCGUCCAUGUGAGACUCUUGGUCUUUCCCACGUGGCUGGAAUGUGUCAGCCACACCGCAGCUGUAACAUUAAUGAGGACACAGGUCUGCCAACAGCAUUCACAGUCACUCAUGAGCUGGGACACAGUUUUGGGGUACAGCAUGAUGGCAAUGGAAAUGACUGUCAACCCAGGGGAAAGAAGCCUCACAUCAUGUCACCACAGCUUACCUAUGGCACAUCUCCGCUUACCUGGUCCCGCUGCAGCAGAGACUACAUUACCCGCUUCUUGGACCGAGGUUGGGGACUAUGCCUGGAUGAUCUCCCUAGUAACGAGUCAUUGAGCUUCCCUUCCGUGCUCCCGGGGAUUCUGUAUGACGUUGGACAUCAGUGUCGCCUACAGUAUGGAUCUGCUUCUACCUUCUGCCAUGACAUUGAUAAUGUGUGUAACUCGCUCUGGUGCACCGUGGGAUCCACUUGUCACUCUAAACUGGAUGCUGCAGUGGACGGAACCACUUGUGGUGAAAACAAGUGGUGCUUCGGAGGGGACUGUGUUCCCGUUGGGCAUCGUGCUGCUGCUGUGGAUGGUGCAUGGGGCUCCUGGAGUGCAUGGUCUCAGUGUACGCGUAGCUGUGAAGCUGGGGUACAGAGCGCUGAGCGCUAUUGCAGUAAUCCCACCCCUAGAUAUGGAGGCCGAUACUGCCUAGGAGAGAGGAAGAGAUACCGUGUAUGCAACGUUCUGCCCUGUCCAUCAGGAGUUCCGUCAUUCCGACAAAUGCAGUGCUCUCAGUUUGAUUCCAUUCCUGUCAAAGGGAAACUGCAUCAUUGGAGUCCAGUUUUAAUGAGCAUUAACCCAUGUGAGCUCCACUGCAAGUCGGGUACAGAGUACUUUGCUGAGAAGCUACUGGAUGCAGUGAUUGAUGGAACACCAUGCUACGAGGGGAACAGCAGCCGGGAUAUGUGCAUUAAUGGCAUUUGUAAGAACAUUGGCUGUGACUAUGAAAUUGACUCUAACGCGGAGGAAGAUCGCUGUGGCGUGUGUCUUGGCAACUCUUCUUCAUGUCACACCGUGCACAAAACAUUUGAGGACAGUGAUGGGCUCGGGUAUGUUGACAUUGGUCUGAUUCCGCCUGGUGCCCGUGAGAUCCGGAUUGAGGAGGUUGCAGAGGCUGGAAACUUCUUAGCCUUGCGUAGUGAAGAUCCAGAGAAAUAUUUCCUAAAUGGCAGAUGGACUAUUCAAUGGAAUGGGGAGUACGAAGCUGCAGGGACAACUUUCACCUACACACGCACUGGGAACCUGGAGAACCUGACUGCCCCUGGACCAACGUACGAGCCUGUGUGGAUACAGCUGCUGUUCCAGGAGAAGAAUCCUGGGGUCCGCUACCAGUACACCAUCAAGAGGGACCUGGACAGCAGCAAUGAGAUUCAACCACCCGAUUUCUCAUGGAGAUAUGGAGCCUGGUCUGAGUGUUCCACCACAUGCGGCACUGGAGUGCAGAGGCAGCUGGUGCACUGUGUGGAAAGAGUAGCUGGUCUUGUGGAAGAACGAUACUGUGACUAUUUGACCCGACCUGAUGACAGACAGCGGAACUGCAAUGAGGAGCCUUGCCCACCGAGGUGGUGGGUGGGAGAGUGGCAGCAGUGCUCAAUCACAUGUGGAGCAGGCGGUGUGCAGAAGAGAACAGUCCUCUGCAUUCAGAGAGUGGGAUUAGAUGAGCAACGGGCUUUGCAACACUCAGACUGUCAACACCUUCCCAAACCUGAAUCCAGCAUUAACUGCAACCAGCGUGAACCUUGCCCUGCUGUCUGGCACCAUGGCAACUGGAGCCAGUGCUCUGUAUCAUGUGGCGAAGGGGUCCAGUAUCGAGAUAUAUUUUGUGAUAAUGAACUAGAAGGUGGUGCUUGUAAACCUUCAGAAAGUCCCAUCACGAAGAAAGCAUGUGUGAUGCCAUCUUGCCCACCAGGCCUCAGCCCGUUUGACUGGACAGGAAGUGGAGCAUCCAGCAAAGAGGUUGUCAAUGAAAUCUUCCCAGGCCACCCAAGGGCUUCUAGCAGCAAGCAAGAUUCCAUGGAGGAUAAUUCCAUCUUUGAAGGGGACUUUUCUAAUGUCGGCAAUGGAGGUCAAGGAAAAGUAGGGAGAGCAUUUGUUGAUGACUUCUAUUAUGAUUACAACUUUAUUAAUUUUCAUGAGGAUUUGACCUAUGACCCAUUAGAAGACAAUGAUAUUAAGGGAGGAGGAGAGCUCGAUAAUGAGUAUCUUCCUACACAUGUUCCUCAUGUAAAAAAGGUCUCUAAAGACCAGAAUAUUGGAAGUAUGCAGUUCACAGAAAGCCCAAAUAAGUAUUUGACCACAAAUGCAUUGAAUGAUUUAGUAUCUAGUGACCACAGGAAGACAUCCGCCAUUCCAAGUACUUCCAUGGAGGUUCAGAAUGAUGUAACGGAAUCACCCAAAGGAACAAUUCCAGUUAUACAAAAGUCUUUCUCUUGGGACCAACUUACCACUACACCAAGUGAUGAAGAAGGACAUAAUGACAAAAAUCACUUGGUGACAACAACUGACAAGCCAGAUGAAACUUCAGUACUUUCAGUUACAACACACAUUAUUGACAUAAGUCUUCCAGACAACUCUGUACGUUCAACUCUACAUCUACCUGUUACACAACAGCCUUCGGCGAUCCCCAAAGCUGUCACAUUGUUCCCCUCAACACAUUCCUCUUCACGCUAUUUAAUAUCAGAAGUUACUCCAGGUCCAGUAUCAUCAACCUUUUCACCAGACUCAACCUACAAAUCUUCAGAAAUUCCAAUACAUGAUCCGUCACCGGAUAUGAGACAGGAACCAUUGCCAGAACCACAGUGGAACCUAUUGACAGAUCAUACACCAAAGGAUGUUCUAUUAGAUCAUACACAGUUACCACCACAUCAAGAAAAAAACACUACACUAGAUUCUCAUCAGCUAGCUAAAGACUCUUCUGCUAUUUUGACAUGGAAUUCAGCUACAACACCUUUAGAUCCCAUUCAUACUAUAAAACUCACUUUGCAAGCAGGUCAUGGUAACACAACCUCAGUUGGUCCUCAAGUUACUCCAACGUUCCCCACAAUGACCAUCCCACUCCCAACAGACAUACUAACAUCUGUCAUAUUGCAUAGUCCAAAGAGUUAUAUCAGAGGAGAUGCUGAUCCUCACCUCAAUAAAAAAGGGACAACAACAGAUUCAAGUACAACUCAUAGCAGUCAUUCCUUAUCAUCACUUGGGGAAGAGGAUGUGCAGAAAAGUCACUGGGAGGUCGGAAACUGGAGUGAGUGCUCCACCACUUGUGGUCUUGGUGCGAUGUGGCGCUCAGUUUUAUGCAGAGCAGGCGAGAAUGGGAUAUGUGACGCUAAUACCAAACCAGCUCCUGCUCGUCGCUGCUACCUGCGGCCUUGUGCAUCCUGGACCGUGGGGAACUGGAGCAAGUGUUCACGGAGUUGUGGAACUGGCGUGCGACUGAGAGAAGUGCAGUGUGUAGACGUUCGGGACAAGAGGCUGCUGAGGCCUUUCCACUGUAAGAGCACAGACUACAAACCACGUGUUCAGACGGUCUGUCAUGAGCGGAAGUGUAUGGAGUGGUACAUUUCAUCCUGGAGAGAGUGCUCAGAGGAAUGUGGAGGGGGGAUGCAGCAGAGACUGGUCACCUGUCCGCAGACUGGCCGAUGUGAUGAAGGCCUUAAACCCAAUAACAGCCGUUCUUGUAAUGAUCAUCCUUGCACAACAUGGGCCGUAGGACCCUGGGGUCAGUGCACAGCUUCUUGCGGAGGGGGUAUCCAGCGUCGGCAGGUGAAAUGUGUGAACAAAAGAAGUGGGGCUGCUGAGGAAGAUAAUAAUCUGUGUGACCACGAGCCGUGGCCUGAAAAUCUCCAGAAAUGUAACCCACAGGACUGCCAGCAAAACAACACCAGUGUCUCAUGCACUCGUGACCGCCUCACCUUCAGCUUCUGCCGGACUUUGAGAAUCCUAGGUCGUUGUUCCCUGGCUACAGUCCAAGCUCAAUGUUGUCAGACCUGCCAGUCUCAUGUUCAAAGCUCUCGUGAGGUCAGUAACCAGCGGCUGUCCCGGAGGUGAGGAUCAGAAUUGUGACUCAGGGACGAAGAGACUGUGCAAUAGGACAUGUUUGCAAGAGCUGGCUAUCUCUAUCCCUGUUGAAAAAGUCCCGUCCCUGCAAUUUUUCAGUCAUCUGUGGCAUUAUUCAACUAGAAAAGUAGAUGAAAGGAGAAGAAGAGAGACAUAUUUUCUUGUAUGGAAUGAGCCAACGUAUGCUCCAAAUGUCUAUUAGCAGGAAACACGUCCAGCAAUGCACAGUCUGUGGACCUUUGGUGCUAAUGGUCAGCAAGUGACCUUUUACUCUUAAUGCUCCACUGGCUGGCCAGUGGAGGAAUCUCAUGCUCUUUAUAACACUCUGCUUUCUGGUGCUAUAUGUUAAUUAUGGGUCAGGGACAUUUAUGGUAUAUUCCGACUACAACCUGUCCAAAUUUCCCACCUUAAUUACAAGACCUCACACUGUUGAGUACACCUGGAAGAUGCAGAAUAAAGCGUGGAUUAAGAGGACUUGAAAUAUGAAAGCUCUUGAAAGUAGCUUCUCCUAAGUACCAAGACUCAAUCACGUAACAUUCAUUGUAUCUAAUUAUCAGUGGUGAAGGGAUUUGGGCUCUAGAAAAUCAAAGGUCACAGCUUCUACCUAUAUACACAACGCACACACCAGUCCAUGGCACUGCACCACCUCAAUUCUUCAGAACUACCAUUAGGAUGCCAUUCGUAUGUGCCUGGAAUUGGCCUAAUAUUUGCAUUACAAUGUGCUGGAUAGUGGGGUUGUACAACUAGUGAGAAAUACCAAGUGGCUAAAGCCACAUGCUGCUAGUCUGUAUGGCACUGAAUGUUGCAUUAAACUGAGUGAACAGUUUAUAGAUUAUCCCCGAGAUAUGUAGCAAAGCAAUGGAAGAACAUAACAUAUGGGUACAUUACUGAUGUUUUACACUUUCAUGAUAGUGAAUAUCACUGCUUAGGAAUUGGCAGCACAAUAAGAUGACCAAUUAACUCACAAUACUAAUGUUCUAAAUCUGUCAAGCCUGAAGUUGUAGGAAUUCCAUUGGUUGUUGGUGCUAUAAGAGUAUUUAAUGUCUACAUGGUUUAUAAUACAAUCCUGCCUAAUGGUAACGAGGUUCCCAUACUUACUGGGAUGAUAGCUUCCGAUAGAUGGAGGUGUCAUUACCCAAAAAGUGAGGUAUCUUGUUCUCAGUUCACUUUUUUGUACUUUAAUUAAACAUGAAUUUUGUAAUUCUGUCAGUUACAUAGACUAUUGUUUGCCAAUGACAUGCUGAAA